CGCUCUGUGCGGCACUUCCUCCGAGGCCCUGUAACUAAACUGGAGCUGCGCGCGGGUCGGAAGUCCGAAAUAAAAACAACAAAACAAUAAAUAAAAAUUGUCAAACAUUUGCGAAUAUGGAUCCUUACACAGAGUAUUAAUCUGCGGGUUGAUAAAGCAGCGUUAGGACUGAUAAAUAAGCGCACAUAAGGCGAAUUGAGGGGGAGUUAGCCGCAGCUGCUAACGCACGAGACUGAUUUCAAACUCAAAACUGAUGGCAGAUUUCAUUGAUUUCAGCGUGAUUUCAGCUAUAAACUCCACACUCCAGUGAUUUUAAAGGACAGACGUGUGCGUAGUGGUGCUAGAUGGUGUUUUAGUUCUGAAGGGGUUUUAUUUAUUUUUUGGCGGCCUGUGGUGUUGAGGCCUGCUGCAUGAAGUUGAAUUAAUCAGCACAAAUCAACAUUAAAACUGAUCAGAUACAUUGAUCAAUCAGAUCCAGAGGGGUGAAAGAUGUCGGCACAGGCGCAGAUGAGAGCCAUGUUGGAUCAGCUCAUGGGCACCGGCAGAGAUGGAGACACGAUGAGACAGAGGAUCAAGUUUACAGAUGAUCGUGUUUGUAAGAGUCACCUGCUGGAGUCCUGUCCACAUGACAUCCUGUCUGGAACUCGCAUGGAUUUGGGGGAGUGUGUUAAAAUUCAUGAUCUCGCUCUGAGAGCAGACUAUGAGAUCGCCGCUAAACAGCAGGAGUAUUUCUUUGAACUGGAUGCCGUAGAGCACCUGCAGUCCUUCAUCGCAGACUGUGACAGAAGAACAGAACUGGCAAAGAAACGAUUGGCUGAAACGCAGGAAGAGAUCAGCGCUGAGGUCGCUGCAAAGGCGGAGCGUGUGCACGAGCUGAACGAGGAGAUCGGAAAGCUGCUGGCGCGUGCGGAGCAACUGGGUGGAGAGGGGAAUGUUGAGGAGGCUCAACAGGUGCUGGAGAAGGUGGAGAAAACACGCAUCCUAAAGAGAGAGGCAGAGGACAUCUACCGCAACUCCAUGCCGGCCUCCAGCUUCCAGCAGCAGAAGCUGCGCGUGUGUGAGGUUUGCUCCGCCUACCUCGGCCUUCAUGACAACGACCGCCGCCUAGCCGACCACUUUGGCGGGAAACUACAUCUAGGUUUCAUCGAAAUCCGUGAAAAACUUGAAAAACUGAGGAAAGCCGUAACGGAGAAACAGGAGCGCAUGCGGAUGAAAAGAAGAGAGGAGCGGGACAGAGAAGAGGAGAGAGCAAGAGAGUGGGAGAUGGAGAAAGAGAGGGAGAGGGAGCGUGAACGUGAGAGAGAAAGAGAGAGAGAGCGGGAGAGGGAGCGAGACAGAGAGAGGGAACGCAGGAGGGAUGUAGGGAGCUCAUCAUCUCAUCACUCUCGUCGACACCGUGAGGAUGGAGAGAGGGAAAGAGAGAGGAAACACAGACACAAAGAUCGCCAUCGCUCUCGCUCUCACUCACACAGAAGCAAAAGGAAGAGGUCUUCACACACCAGAGAUCAAGAGCCCUCUCUUUCUCAGGAGAGAUGGAGGGAGGGUGCACCAGAAGAGAGAUGGAGAGAUAACGGACGGAGGGAGAUGGAGAGAGAGAUAUCGCCCUCCUCCCCCGACAUGAACCGAAUGAGAGAGCGAGAGAGGUCCGUCUCGCUGGAGAGAGAGCAGCGCUCCAGUUCAGAGGAGAGAGAGUCAGGAGAGAUCUAGAACACAAUGAGAGAGAUACUUUACAUACUGUAGCCAUCAUUCCCUGUUCUGUCUCUUACCGCCAACACUGAUCUGUCAAUAACUGGAUAUCAGUGACACGCUCACUUCAAUCCAUCAAUCUGUUCACAGAAGAGUUUCUGGACUGAUAUGAGCUCUGUGUGUGUGUGUGAAAGAGAGAGAGAGAAUGUGUCUUUACCAUCUGGUUAUUCAUACAUCAGUGGAAGCCGAACGGCUACAGAGAGGAAGUCAGCCACAAUUGUCAGAUUGUGUAUGUGUGUAUGAGUGUGCGAGACCAGUAUAACGUUUAUUUGAGAUACAGAGAAUUCCUGAGACACAAAUACAACAGUUACACGCACAUGUGUUUAAAUCGUUCAUAAAUCCAUUCGUAUGUAAUUUUCCCUUUGAAUUGAAUUCAACAAUUACGUAAAAUGGCUUUAUGUACAAUUUACACAUUUCGUUCUGCUCAUUUUUUGUGCAUUAGAUCCCUUCGGCUUCAUUAAUGAAACGCAAGCAGAAAGAAUUGUAAAUUGUUCAUAAUCCAUUUGUACGUAAAUUGUGGCUUAAUGCAACAGUUUACGAAAGAUUUUUAUAAAUGGUUUAAAAUUUGUUAAGCGCGUGUUUUGUGAACUAACGCCCAUUGGAUUGCUCUAGAUGGUCCAAAUUAGUUGGCAAACCAAAAUAAUAACAUGAUAAAAUGAGAGUAAGCGGAAAGAGUGAAUUUAGAAGUUGUUUAUUUUUUAUGUUGUGAAAAGGAAGUGGAUACCUGCCGGAAUAACUAAAACACAGCUGGGAGACUUUUGCUUGCUUUUUAAGCUGGCUUUUUGUUUAUUUUUAUUUUUUAAGAAUUAAUGUCCAUAAAUGGCAUUUUUGAUGUGGAUAUUAUUUUUCUCUAAUUUUUCCCUGCUUUCAUUUGAUAUGGAUUUAAACUGGGAGCUGAACUGAGCAGUAACCUGGAUUAAAAUGUGAUUUUCCACACAAAACAAACCACUUAUUUCACACGUUUGUAGCUUGGCUUACGAGCAAACUGUCUUUCAUGGUACCAUUAUGUGUGCUGAGUUUCUCUUUUCCCCUUUUUAAUCACUCUUUCAUUUUGCUGUGUUGAGAAGUUGUCUGGAAACUUCAUCUUGCCUUGCCAUUAUACUAUAAAACAAUAAAUGUGUUGCUUUCGUUGUUUAAACAAAGUGUUUGCGGUUUUCCUCUUUUUCAAAGUCCAUUUGAACAAAUAUUCCACGUAUAAAUACAUCAUGUCAUGAAGAAAAUACCAGUGUUUGAAAAUGGAGAUUUACGGUGAAAAGAGGCUUAAAUAUUGAUCUGUUUCUCACUCACACCUAUCAUAUCACUUCUGAAGACCUGGAUUAAACCACUGGAUCUUAUGGAUUACUUUUACGCUGCCUUUUUGGAGCUACAAAGUGCUGGUCACCAUCCACUUACAUUGUAUGGACCUACAGAGCUGAGAUAUUCUUCUAAAAAUCUUCAAUUGUGUUCUGCAGAAGAAAGAAAGUCAUA